GCCCAUGCUCUAAAGAGUGAUACAGGAGCAUAUAUUUGUCUGGCUGCCAAUCAAGCAGGAGAGCAAGUGAGCAGAGCAGCCAUGGUCACUGUCUUGGAUCCAAUAGAUACCAGGCAGAGGGAAUUGGACAGGCCAAAAGAUGUCCCAAAGGAGCUGAUGGAUAUCAGAGUUUGUCUAGUAAAUGUGACUGUUGUCCCCUCUGCUCCAGCAGCCCAUCUGUACUGGAAGGUUACCCCCACUUCCCAGCACAUAGACGCUUACAUGGUGUUCUACCGUUCUCUGCUGCCUACAAAAGCGCACUGGGCCGAGUGGAAUGUCCCCAGAGACCAGCAGACUAUUAUUCCAGGGCUUGAGAGAGGUUACAAGUAUGAGUUCAAGGUGCGACCAUAUUUGGGGAAGAUCCAUGGCCUAGACAGCAAUAUGAGACAGCUGCGCAUCCCCGAGGAAGUGCCAAGUGCUGCUCCACAAAUCACCAGUAUCACUGUGUCCCAAGGUAGGAAUAGCACUGUGAUCAUCCACUGGGAGCCACCUCCACUGGACGCACACAAUGGCAUCAUUAAGGGUUACCAGGUCUGGUUCCUUGGCAAUGAAACUCACCAGGGAUUUAACAAGACAAUAGAUGGAGAUACCCAUAGUCUGGAAACAAUAGGACUCCCAAGUGGGCAAAAAUACUGUGUGAAGGUAGCAGCAAUCAAUGGAGCAGGUGUUGGAGUAUCUAGCAAUCCUGUAUGUGGUACUGCAGACCCCAUGGUGGGGAAGAUGACAAAGACUUCAGACUUUCUCUCGGCUAACUACAUGCUGGAAGUAGUGCGCCAACCUGUCUUCAUUGCCAGCGUGGGUUCAGCGCUCUGGAUCAUGCUGAUGGUGCUGGCAGUUUACGUCUGCCAGCAACAAGCCAGGCAAUUUGGUGGAGGAGGACGACAGUAUGCCCUUGGAGAAGGUUUGUACAGGAAUGCAAGUGAUGAUACCAUCAUCAAACAUAGGGUAGACUCCAGUGAUUCUCCUUGGCUUUCAAAUACAUGGAAAUCCACAUCUGGAUCCAAGAAUUGCAGCACCAGCAGCAGCCUCAGUAGCCAACUUCUGUGGAUGGAAUCCAAAGACAGCCAAGAAUUCCACAAAUCUAUGGUGUCCUUUGAUAGGCAGAGUCAAGGAUCACGUAUCCAGACUGUUCCUUUGGUGCCUGAUAGCAGGAACAGUAGCCUGUAUGGAGCUCUCCGCAUGGACCUUCCAGCAAAAGACCUCAAGACUUUCUACAGUUCUCUGCCAUACCUUUCCAAUCCCAAUUUACAGAGUAUGGAGUUAACCCAAGCUGGUGAGCUCAUGCCUCACUACAGCCAGAACCUGAGAACUGAUCAUGCCAGUGGUCAAGGAAGGGCCCAACAAGGACUAUGGAAGGCAGCUGGUUCCUUCUCCCCAAAUCUUAUUAUCAGAGAAUCCUGGGCCAAAAAUGGCAAAAAGGAGUUGCAACAGGCGCACAGCACACCCAUGUCCCCAUCUGGAUUCUCAGCAGACUGGAGCAACUGUAGCAGCCCAAGCAGUGCUGUCAGUUCUGGAAAGCAUCAAAGAGUCCAUGGGAGGGCAAAAAAGGUGCUGAAAACAUACAGCUCUUCCAAAUUCUCAUUGUGCAGUUCACAGAAUGCCAGUUCAUUGCCACCGCCUCCUCCUGUUCCACCCGGUUUUCAAGCUCUCCAAGAUUCCAGCACCAAGCAAGAGGAGCCAGAUGACAGUGGCUCUAUGACUUCCCAGGUCCUCUUUCCACCCCAUACCUAUGGCUAUAUCUGUGGUCCUCUGGCCAUUGAACUGCUGGAAAACGAUGCAUUGGAUGAAGAUGACGACCCCAACAUGGUGGAUGGCCCCUGUUCAUCCACCAAGUUCUUCCGCAGUUCCUGCCAGACUCCCUCAUCCAGCCUGAGUGAAGACGAGGCAUCCCUGGGAGGCUCCCUGGUGAACGGCUGGGGUUCUGUCUCAGAGGACAAUGGAACCAGCACUCGCUGCAGUCUGGUCAGCUCUUCAGAUGGCUCCUUCCUCUUGGAUGCCAAUUUUGCUCAAGCACUGGCUGUGGCGGUGGACAGUUUUUGCUUUGGGCUAUCGAAGAAGGAAGUUGACAGAGCUUUGACAGAUGUUUUGCCUUCCGUAUCUCCUCUGGAUGGCUUCCUGCAUCCUCAGGCUUCCGUGAAGAGCUCUGAAGAAGUGCAGCAGAGGCUUGGAUCCCAGCCCCUUCCUGUGUGGGAAUGGAGCACUGAUUGGGUGGAAGAGAUGGAAGCCAAGUAUAUGCAACCAGCUGAGAACUGGGAGGCUGCUCCUAAGCUAGGAAAAGGAAAGACAGCUGCACCAGAAGAAGCCCGGCUGGUCACUACUUCCACUUCACAGGGAGUGAAUGGCAAGUGUUGUUGCCCCAAGGUGGAGUGCCACCUACCAGGAAUGCUAAAGUAGUACCUUUCCUGCUUUGGCUGGAGUUUGGUGUUUGGAAUUUGAUGAAUUUUGAGUUCUUUUUCAGUGCUGGGACUCUAAUUCAGGAAAGCAGUGGUCCCUGCCAAUCAUCUGUAGAAAUGGACAAAUUACCUACUCCUACAUUCAUCUUUUUAGAAAGAAAAAUGCUCAUGUUCUUUCCAUCCUAGUUUUGAUUGGAUUUUUAGAACAAACCAGACUCAAUUUUCACCCAACUUCCCUGGCCAAAUCCCAUAGACCCAGCUAGCUCUUCUUGGCUUGGAAAAGAAUAAGUUGCAUCUGCCUACUGUUAAAAUUGAGGAACUGGUCAGAAAGAAAGAGGUGGUAACUCUAAUUCAUGGCUGGAGUCCCUUGGAUUUGGACCCAGGCAUUUAAAAUGGUACAUGUUUUCUUUUGCAUGCUGGCUGGUGCUAAAGACAUGGCCUCCAGCUGGGAAUGCAGAUAGGGAAAUAUCAGUCUGAUUGGUUAAACAUAUUUUAUACCAGGCAAAUAUUACUUCAAGCCCAAGGUUCCUGAUCAGCUGGAAAGGAGCCCUAGUGUGAUGGAAUGGCAUGGGACUGGAAGGGGGGUAAAGAACAUGAUCUUGUCUCCAGAGCAACGCACUGGAGAUAAGAGGCGAAAGCUGACGCCCCCCUAACAUUACAGGAGAUAGUGAAUUCCUGUUCCUGGGAACUGCUGGCCAG